CUAAUCUUCCAAAUUCAUUGAUAUUCCCCCACUCACAUAUUUUAGCCAACUCCUGUCUGACUCCCAGACUUCUUCUUCAAAAAUCAUUUCUUCUCCAGACAUCCACGACCCAUUCCUUUGGGAAAAAACACUCUAACCGCUGCCACCAUAAGUUCACACUCAUCCUCCGACUCAACCGAUAGAAGCAUGAGUUCUCACUCAUCAUCGGAGUCAAUCGACACAAGCAUGACUUCUGACUCAUCCUCCGACUCAACCCACAGAAGCUUGAGUUCAGAGUCAUCAUCUGUUACUAGCAAGAUUCAAUAUCCAGUAAACAGAAAAUCAUUAAUUUUGCAAUUCGCAGCAACAUUCCGCAAUGACACGGACACCAUACAAGUGCCUUCCUUUUACCAUGAACAAUGGGCACCGCAAUAUCCUGCAUUUGUCCGCUUUAGAUAUGAUGGUACAAUAUACCAGAUACGACUACGACAACAUCACCAGAAAGUAACACCAGACCUGUGGAAGACCGCGCCUCUUCUCAAUAGAGUAUAUUUAGACACUUGAAAUUACACAGUCAAUUCUAGCUGCACCGGGACCACUGGUAAGCAUGAAAAUCUGUUUGAAGUUCUCAUACAAAUUUCUGCUUAUAUAUGAUGUUUUUUUUUCUUCACUGCAGAGACUUCCAAAUUAUGCCAUGACAUAUCUUAAUCACUGUGGUCAACACAUGACCAUCCUUAGGAAAUUUGGACCACCAUUACAAUGGAAUGUUGUUGUCCUUCACAUUGGAAUGGGGAAAAGAUAUGUCGUUCAACCAUGGUAUCAAUUUCUUAUGGAUAAUAACUUUUGUCAUGGCGAUGAAGUUUCUUUCUAUUACAGAAAGACAACAAAAAUAUGGGAAAUUGUCAUCCGCCGGAAAAAAAAAAACUGGGAUUAUUAAAUUCAGUUCAUCUAGCUUAACUUAUGUAUCUUUUGCACUUUUUAAAACAAUUUGGUUAUUUUCCUUUGAACAUUCAAUAUAUUAUGCUUAUUUAAUCUAUUAUUAGUGCCUUUAUGAAA